AUGUCUCUACUCACCAAUUAUGAGGGGCUUCGGCAUCAGAUCGAGAGGCUGGUGCGGGAAAAUGAGGAACUGAAGAAGCUGGUGCGGCUCAUUCGGGAGAACUACGAGCUCAAGUCAGCAAUCAAGACACAGGCGGGCGGCCUGGGCAUCAGCGGGUUCAGCAGCGGGCUUGGUGAGGCGGCGGCCAGUGCUUCUCCACACCAGGGUGUCUUCCUGCCCCCGUCCCCGGCAGCAGCAAACGAACCUGUCCUGGAAGAAGUGGGGAUUGUGGCUCUGGCACCCCUGGCCGACGUGCUAAACAGCCCGCAGCCCAGCCCCGUGGCAGGCCCCAUCGUGAGCCCCCUGGCAGGCCCUCUCAACACGCUGCCCAGCCCGGGGCCCAUCUCCCAGAGCAGCCCACUCACCAGCCUCCUGAGCAGCCACCUGGCCAGCCCCCUGGUAGUGCCCCAAGUGGGCACACCAACCAACUCCCUGGGCCUGCUCUCCACCGGCUCCCUGACACCCAGCAGCCCCUUGGCGGGCUCCGUGGCAGUGCCCCCAGGGGGCACACUGGCCAGCUCCCUGGGCCUGCCCUCCACCGGCCCCCUGACUCCAGGAAGCCCCCUGGCAAGCCCCCUAGCUGUGUCCCAGAACAGCCCCCUGAUGCCCCCUGUGACGGGCUCGGGGUUCCUCUCCCUGAGCAGCCCCUUGCUCACCUCCACGGCCGCCCCUCUAGGUGUCUCUCAGAACGUUCUGGCCAACCCCAUGAACAAUCUGGUGCUGUCGGAGGCCCCACGGGUGCGGCUGGCAGAGCCGCUCCGAGGAUAUCCCCCAGGACCCCACCCAUCGGCUGGCGGGGGACCUACUGCCACCUCCAAAGUCCCACUGUCCACUGAGCAUCCCCAGCCAACCCAGGAGCCGGAGCCCCUCGGCAUGACAUUUGUGGGUGCGCCCAUCCAGACCUCCACUCCUGUUGGUGCCCUGGGCACUCCGGGCCCCAUGACAGCCUUCUCCUAUGGCACCUCAGAUGCCCAGACACAGCCUGGCGGCCCCCAGGGACAAAUGGUCCCUGCCUCUGUCCCUGUCUCGACUGCCUCCAACAUCGCCAUCCUCACCUCUGCCCCCACCCCCCCAGUGACCACCAGCUACGCCCCCUCAAGCAAGCCGCACCCCUCUUCCCGGACGCACCACUCCCCAUCCCGGCCCUCGCCCACCCCCCACUCCCCUCCACGCAACCCCUGCUCCCCACCGCGAACUUCGUCCUCCCCGGCUUCAGUCACCGACACCCGUGGUCCACGUGGCCCAGAGCAGUCUCGGAAAAGCGUCCUGGAGUUGGAGAGGAAGCUAGCCCACCGCAAGAGCAACAAGUUCCCCAACAGCUCUCGAGAAUCAAAACAGCUGGCCUGGGAGAGGCUGGUGGGGGAGAUCGCCUUCCAGCUGGACCGCAGGAUCCUGUCCAGCAUCUUCCCCGAGCGUGUGAGGCUGUAUGGCUUCACAGUCUCCAACAUUCCGGAAAAGAUCAUCCAGGCCUCCCUGAACCCCAGUGACCACAAGCUGGACGAGGAGCUGUGCCAGACGCUCACACAGCGCUAUGUGAGCAUCAUGAACCGGCUACAGAGCUUGGGCUACAACGGGCGAGUGCACCCGGCACUGACGGAGCAGCUGGUGAACGCCUAUGGCAUCCUGCGGGAGCGGCCGGAGCUGGCCGCGUCCGAGGGCGGCUCCUACACGGUGGACUUCCUGCAGCGCGUGCUGGUGGAGACCGUGCGCCCCAGCAUGCUCACCGACGCUCUGCUGCUGCUCUCCUGCCUCAGCCAGCUGGCCCACGAUGAUGGCAAGCCCAUGUUCAUCUGGUGA